GCCGCCGCACAGCCCGAGUCUCCGCCCCCGCAGCCCCGGACGCCCACCGCUACGGCGCCGGCCUCAGAGAGCCCUGCCUCGGCCGUCGACCACGACGGGGGCGGUAGCGGAGGCGGCGGCGGGGGUGGAGGCUGCAGCGACGUGGAGAUCGACGAGCUGGCGCCGAAGCGCAAGCAGCGCCGCUACCGCACCACCUUCACGUCAUUCCAGCUGGAGGAGCUGGAGAAGGCGUUCUCCAGGACGCACUACCCCGACGUCUUCACGAGGGAGGAGCUAGCGAUGAAAAUUGGGUUGACGGAAGCACGCAUCCAGGUGUGGUUCCAGAACCGGCGCGCCAAGUGGCGCAAGCAGGAGAAGGUGGGCCCUCAGGCGCACCCCUACUCGCCGCUGCAGGCGUACGGCGCGCCGCCGCCCGCCGCCGUCGUCGCGCCGACGCUGCCCAACCCGUUCGCGCACCUCGGCUUCGGGCUGCGCAAGCCGGCCUUCGACUCUGCGGGCGCCUUCCGCUACCAGCUGGCCGCCUACCUGCCGCCCCCGCACUUCCGACCGGCGCCGCCCCCGCCGCCCCACGGCCCGCCGCCGCUGCUAGCGCCCGCGGGGCUCGGCCCACUCGGCUACCACCACGCCACUGCAGGUUCCUUCCAGACACUGCUGGCAAACAUCUCGGCUGCACAACAUCAGCAGCAGCAACAGCAGCAGCGGCACAGUCCCAAAGACGAGUACCAGCAGGCGGUACCCAACCCACCCCCGCCUCUGCCCCCGCAGCAGCAGGAGCAGGCGGCCACGGCGACAGCGCUCCUGGCCGCUGCCAUCGUGCCUCCCCCGCCGCACCCUCCAGCGGCGGCAGCUGCCGCCCCCGAGAUCGACCGUCGCAGCUCCAGCAUCGCGGCGCUGCGCCUCAAGGCGCGCGAGCACGAGCUGCGGCUGGAGAUGCUUCGCAAGAACGGAGACCUCAUAAGCUGA